AUGAGAGAUGAAAUUGCAACCACAGUUUUCUUUAUCAAGAGGUUGGCAAAAAAACAUGAGAAACUGAGUAAACAGGAAAUACAAGACUUUGCAGAAAAACUGAUGAUAAUUUUGUUUGAAACUUACAGAAAUCACUGGCAUUCUGAUUGCCCAUCAAAAGGGCAAGCCUUCAGGUGUAUCAGGAUAAACAGUUAUCAGAAUAAAGAUCCCAUUCUAGAAAGGGCUUGUGCUGAAAGCAAUGUGGAUUUUUCUCAUCUGGGACUUCCAAAGGAGAUGACCAUAUGGGUAGAUCCCUUUGAAGUGUGCUGUAGGUAUGGUGAGAAAAGCCAGCCAUUUACAAUUGCUUCUUUUAAAAACAGAUGGGAGGGAUGGGAACUAUCUCAACGAAUUAAUAAGAUUGUUAAUAGAGCCACAUUAGACUACUCCUCUGGCACCAACUCCGAUGAUGAAAGUUGUAGCAAAGAACCCCAGAUAAUUCCUAAGGUCAGCAACCCUAACAGCAUUUAUCAGGUUGAAAACUUGAAACAGCACUUUCAGUCUUGGUUCCAAAUCCCCCGCAAAAAGAAUAUGAGUGUCGGCCAUGUCAGCUUCCUAGGAGAGGCUUAUAUGUCACGUAAGAGCUACAGGACUGCUCCUAUGUUGGUAGGACACCGGGUAGAUAGGUACCAUUGGGUCAACACAAACAGACGAAACUGUGACUAA